CAAAUAUUCAAUUUAUUAUAAACAAAUAUUUAUCAGUUUACCUGUAGAAACGCCGGUGGAGUUAGAUAAAACACACUGCAUAAACACAAAAAGAACGAGCACGCACUUCAGCCACAUGUUUUGAUGGUGUCUUUGUAUGAAAUGCCAGCGUUUUGACAAAAUUAAUUUUUACAGUUACUCCUGAUGGGCUGCAGGAACAAGAGGCCGCCGCAACUACGGGUAGACCUUUCACUUUACGUCUGUCUGUCUCACCUUAGUGCAGCAAAUGCGGAAUUACCAAAUAGCCUCGAAGAAGUAAAUGAUAAUGCAAGAUUCACAAUAGAAGGAAGAGUUUUUCCGUUAUCGGAUUAUCAGACAACGCAAUCCAAUUGGCAAACAAACACGAGAAUUUUAAUUAAUGGAGGUGAAUUUCGAGGGUUCGUUAAAAAGGAUGGCUCUUUCCUUAUUAAUAACGUGCCCAGCGGUUCAUAUGUUAUGGAAAUUUUAAACCCCGAUUACACAUUUGAGCCUCUACGAGUUGAAAUCAAUUCAAAGGGAAAAUUCAGGGCAAGGAAGGUUAACUUUAUUCAGUCUACUGUUGUUCCGGUCCCUUAUCCUCUCAAAGUAAAGGCACUGACAAAUACAAGAUAUUUUCAAGUAAGAGAACAAUGGAGACUCACAGACUUCAUAUUUAAUCCAAUGGUUAUGAUGAUGUUCUUACCAUUGGUGUUAAUAAUGAUUUUGCCAAAAAUGAUGAAUGAUCCAGAAACCAAAAAAGAAAUGGAACAAAUUCAAAACUUAACCAAAUUCGAAAUGCCUGAAAUGGGAGAUUAUGUAUCAAAUUUAUUAGCAGGCACUUCAAAUAGUCCUAGUCAAGAUAAGAAAAAAGCUAUAAAAAACAAGAAAAGGCAAUAAUAUUUAGUCCAAAGACGGAUUGUGGGGUUUAUGAUAAUUUAUUGUUUAGGUUUUUAAAACCAGUUUUUGUUAAUAAAACUACAAAUACAA